GUGUAAUGUAAGCAAUUUUCUCUGAAAAUUAGCCGCCUCUUCCUGAACUUCCGGACUUUUAUUUUGAAGGCCUUCCGGCGCAGUCGCAGGUAGUUCGGUUGCAGUCGCGUCAGGCCUGUGUCGGUGUGCGGCGAUGCCACCGGAGCGUCCGGAGCCCAGCGCGUUUCCCCGGCGGUGCGCAACGAUGCGGCGCUGGAGGUAAAACUUCAGCGAUGUCAGAGCCCUGAGCUUUCGCGCGACUUCAACCCGAGAAGAUGUCAGACGUCGGCAAAACCGUCCAGAAAUGGCACGCGAGUUUUAAAAAGGGCACGGACUUUGAUUCGUGGGGGCAGCUGGUGGAAGCCAUCGAUGAAUAUCAAAUAAGCGUUUAUUUUGGAUGCAAACAAUCAUAAACCACUUAGCUGGCAAAAUCGCCGCCGGACAUUCAGUCGUGAGUAACCAGUUAUUAUUACAUGUUUUCUUCAGACUCGCAAGGCAACUUCAGAAAGAGGUGCAGUCGUCAAACUCGCACGAUUUCACCGAGGAGCAGAAGAAAACCCUGGGAAAGUUCGCAACAUGCCUUGAAAUGCGAAGUGCAGCCUUACAGUGCACACAGUCUCAAGAAGAGUUCAAGCUAGAAGACCUGAAAAAACUGGAGCCCAUUAUCAAGAACGUUCUCACUUACAACAAAGACUUCCCUUUCGACGUCCAGCCAGUGCCUUUGAGGAAGAUCCUUGCACCGGGUGAGGAGGAGAACCUGGAGCUGGAGGAGGAGCUGGACGCUGGGACUGGAGCAGGUUUAACACCAUCGUUCUCUUCAAGGGUUCCAGGUACGCUGUUGCCACGGUUACCCUCGGAGCCUGAAAUGACUUUGCUCACGCUGACGAUAGAGAAGAUCGGUCUGAAAGACGCGGGACAGUGCAUUGACCCGUACAUCACCGUCAGUGUUAAAGAUCUGAACGGUAUAGACUUGAAUCCCGUUCAGGACACACCAGUGGCCACGCGCAAGGAGGACACGUAUAUUCAUUUUAGCGUGGAUGUGGAAAUCCAGAAACAUCUAGAAAAACUACCAAAAGGUGCAGCUAUUUUCUUCGAAUUCAAGCACUACAAACCCAAGAAAAGAUUCACUAGCACUAAGUGUUUUGCCUUCAUGGAAAUGGACGAAAUCAAGCCAGGUCCCAUUGUUAUAGAACUGUACAAGAAACCGACUGACUUCAAGAGGAAGAAACUCAACCUCCUGACAAAGAAACCACUUUACCUGCACCUUAACCAGACUUUGCACAAAGACUAAACCAAGAUCCGACAGCCAAACGCUUGACGGACGGCGGAGGUUAUUUUUCUCAGAUAUAUUUGACACAUCACCUCUCGCAUUUCUUGCAAUAUUGAACACUUUUCUUCAUAUCUCCAGUCUGGAGUUUGGGACGCGGCCUGAUUCAUCUGCGGUGCUUCAUCUUGAGAGAGAUACGAGUGUUAGAAAUGGAAAUGAUUUCAAAAACUGAAUUGUGUACAAACGAUGUUGGGAUCGGAUGGAUAUAACCCAACUUCCCAUUGGUUUUUAUAGUUUUAUCGCAUUAAAUAAACAGCUCGCCCUCGUCCUCCAAACCUGUAUGCUGUUAUUAUUUGAAAGUUUGUUUUUCGUGAAAUGUAAACGUAGAAAAAGAAACACCAUUACACUAAAAAUUACGUAUUUCAUGUUUGAAAUUUUCUGAAUCCAUACAAGAUUUGUAGACUUGAUAUUAAACUCUUAUUCAGUGAAAAUCUUCAAUAUUUUCUAAUUUACUGGCUGUUUGAUUCUUUUAAAAAAACGACUGAAUUUGAGCAUAUUUGUUUUGGUUUUUUUGGUGUAUGCACAUGUGCUGUGGGAAAAAACAGCAUACAAAUUUGGAAUUACAUGAGGGUGAACAAAUAUAGACAGAAAAUUAACUUUUGAAUGAACUAUUCCUUUAUAAAUGUUGUUUAACUGA